AUGUGUGGCUUCACCUACAACAUCAGCGUGAUUGCUGCCAACAGCAUCUGCAAUGUCUCAAAGAGUGACGUCUCACAUCUGCAAGCAGUGCCCUGUGUACCGCAGCAGGUGGAGGCCUGGUUGAAUUGUGAGUCUGGCACUGUGGCCGUCUCCUGGGAGCCUUCUAAAGGAGCAUCAUCAUACACCACAAUUGCCCAGGGCAACGGGGGCUACGAGUCAACGUGCAACAGCAGCACAACAACGUGCAUGUUCGAUGACCUGCUGUGCGGCCUCAACUACUCCAUCACUGUCAGCGCUUCAGAUGAUACAUGUAGCAGCGCUAAAAGCUCUCCGUUGGUGAUCAACACAGUGCGGUGCAUACCACAGAAUGUGAAAGCAGAGAUGGUGUGCAGUAAUGACACAGGUGUGGUGUCGUGGGAAGAAGGAGAGGAAGUGUCCUCCUACAUGGUGCAAGCUUUUGGGCCCGAUGGUGACAAAAUUAAUUGUAACAGCACAACAACCAGUUGCCAGCUACCCAACAUGCAUUGCGGCCAGCUGUACAACCUCACGGUGACAGCUGAGGAUGGACAGUGUGACAACAGCAACGCCUACCUCGACCUGCAGUCAGUACCUUGCAGUCCGACCAACGUCAAGGCUUCCCUACUCUGCGACUCAAACUCUGCUGCAGUGACAUGGGAGCGAGCCAGUGGAGCACUCACCUAUCGUGCAGUGGGCGUGACAGAAGAUGGCAGCCAUCAGACUGAAUGUAACAACACCAUGACCUUCUGUGACCUGAGCGACCUGCAGUGUGGACAGACCUACAAUGUGAGCGUGUACUCCCAGGAUGAGUCCUGCUCCAGUGUGGAAAGCAACAAGGCUUACGUACGAACAGCCAAUUGUCCACCCCAGAAUGUGGUCGUUGAUUCACAAUGUGAUGAAGGCACCAUCGUUGUGUCUUGGUCCCCCAACACAGACGCCCAGUACUUCCAUGUGGCGGCAGUGAGCAACACAAGAGCGAGACUGUACUGUAACUCCAGCGGCACUGCCUGCACCAUAAAGGAUGUACCAUGUGGACAGAGCUACAUGGUGACGGUGCUGUCUGUGAGGGAUGGCUGUGAGAGUAAGCCCAGUGCUGUGGUAGAGACUUCCUCAGCUCCAUGUGUGCCCAGGAACAUUGAGGGCCGACUGGACUGUGUAUCCAACAAUGCCUGGGUGACGUGGGACGCCUCAGAAGGAGCCCUCAGCUACUCUGUACAGGCCACGGGGGUCGGAGGUCACAACUCCAGCUGCACUUCCACCAGCUCUCCCUGUGCUGUCCCUGAUCUUGAAUGUGGGACACUUUACACCAUCCACGUCACUGCCAUCAACAAACACUGCCGCAGCAAUCACAGCGCCACCUUUGAGCUUGAGACAGGUCCUUGUGCUCUCACAUCUAUUAGCGCAGUGACAGAAUGCAACAGCAGCACGAUCCUGGUUGAAUGGGAAAAGAUGGACGACACACCCCUCUACCUGGUGACCGCUGAGGGCCACGACCAAACCCUCAUUUCCUGCAACAGCUCCUCCAACUCCUGUGUACUGCGGGAUAUCCACUGUGGCAUGCAUUAUAGCAUCAUAGUAUCAGCUUCUUCUGAUAAAUGCAGCAGCCUCAGAAGCCCUCCAAAGAAGAUCAAAACUGCGCCCUGUGUCCCGGAAAAUGUGACAGUGGAAGCAUCGUGUGAGGAGAAUGGGGCCACAGUGAUGUGGGGACCCUCCCCUGUGGCGACAUCGUUCUUCCUGACAGCAACAGGGAGGGACGGACAUGUUGCGAGCUGCGACACCUCAGAGAACAACUGCACCCUGACUCACCUGCACUGUGGACAGCUCUACAACUUAACCAUCACUGCCAGUGGAGACAACUGCACCAGCCAGCCCAGCACCUCCACCUUCAGGACAGGUAGAGACACAAUGGGAUAUUUGUAUUUAUAG